GCAGAGAAGUUUCUAGACAUCUUUCAGCAGACACCCCUGGGGCAACACAUUGCUUGCUACUCGGAGGAAGAGAAGACCAUCUUUUUUCACUGCUAUGUCAGAGACUUUAUUCUCCUGGCAAUGGGUGUGACUUCAGAGAGGGAACUAAAUAUGUUGCAAGCGGCUCUCUUGUCAUGCGUGGAAGAAAUGAAGGCCGCCUCUUCUGGUGCAGGAACAAGAGUAUCCUCCCUUCCUUGGGUCCACCUUGGUUAUCAUCAGUUUAGGAGUCGUCUGCAGAACUUUUCCCGGAUUCUUGCUGUUUACCCUGAAGUGCUUCAUACCCUUGAACAAAGAGAAAAGAACAGAAGCUGCACGUUGCCCAGUCAAAUGGUGCUAGAUGUGUUUGCUGCGCUGGCCUGUACUGAAAUGUUAUCCUCGGCAGUCCUGACAUGGAAAACUCGUGCAUGGCUCCAGCAGGUGAAGGACCUUCAAAUGCCCAUUGAACUUGUAUGUGCAGCAAAUUGCAGCCGAGGCAGUGGAAGCCAAUGCAGCCAAAUGCUCCAAGAGGUCAAGAACCAAUGGAAUAGGGUGUUCUCAGUGUCCCUCUUUGUGGAGCAUGUGCUGCUUGGAGCAGAAACUCUGAUUCCAGAACUGAAGGAGCUGGUGAAGAAGUAUAUCAUGAAACUUGACAACUGUUUUGAAUGGGAUUCUGACAUCAAAACUAUGAGAACAUUCAGUGCAGUGAUGAGAAUGCUAUGUCAGUGCAAGGAAGAUGCCAGUCUAUCAUUUUGCAGGUUUGGUUUAAGAUCAUGCCCAAUAUGUUUGGGCGAUUCUAGAGAUCCAGUAAACCUUCCUUGUGAUCACGUAUUUUGUUAUGAUUGUAUCAAACAGUGGCUGGGGCCGGGACAGAUGAUCUGUCCACUUUGCUUGGUCAGUCCACCAGAUGAUUACAAUCCCACAGUAUCUGAGGAGCACAGCAUUGCCAUAAAGAAAAACACCCAGUUCCGUAAAUUAUGCAACCAUUUUUUCAUUGACCUGGUUUCCACAAUGUGUUUCAAAGGCAACAAUCCCCCAGAGAAAUCUGUGAUUGAAGAGCUAUUGAAUCUGAUGUUUGUGCACAAGUCAGUUUUGAAAGGCCCUGAAAACUUACAUACCAAAUCUUUGUCUCCCUUUGAUGAUGUGGUGGAUAAAACUCCUAUAAUCCGUUCUGUGGUGUUAAAAUUGCUUCUGAAAUACAGCUUCAGUGAUGUGAAACUCUACGUACAAGAGCAUUUAUCACAAGUUGAAGCAAAUCACAUCAUGGACAAGGAAGAUAAAAUAGAGCUGUACAUGCUAUUCAUCAGUUGCUUUGAGGAUUCAUUGUGUGAGAAAAUAGAAAAUUUCCCCAAAGAAACCAAAAUACAUUGCUUGGCAAAGGAUGGGUAUUUUCUGGAAAAUUAUAUUCAUCAGUGGAACCGUUGCCAUCCAGUCUCCCCAAAAAUUACCAUUGAGUAUUUGCAAGGAAUUGCCAAUCUCCGUCUAUGCAUGGAUAGAGCUGCAGAGGUGAUCUUUGAACUUCACGAAACUUCAGACAAUAGUGAAGAUAAAGAAAAGCAAAUCUACUUGGAAAAAGUGAGGCAGUUCUUCCACUGUAUUCAGAAUAACUGGCCAAACAUUUACCUUGUGCGAAAGCUUACUAGCCAGUACGGGUUGGAAUUCACACAGAAGCUUUUGAGUAACCACCACCAUCACUGGGUAUUUCCAUCAGAAAUAGUUGAAGAGCAACAGACACUCCAACCUGGUCGCAUUGAUCGAUUCCUGGUUUGUGGCAAAGACUACAAAGCCAUACGGAAUGCUGUGGGGGAAGCAUUGAUAAAAUGCGAGACAGAAGCCAUGGCAGCAGCCCUGAAGGCAUAUAAGGACUCCAACUCUGCACCGGCAGUUCAUUUUCUUUUGACUAUCUUCAGAGAGCUCACAUCACUGUAUAGAUGCAGAGACCCAAAUGCUCACCCUAAGCAGAAGCAAUGUGAUAUACUUAAAGAAUUCAUCCGGAACUCCAGAGUUCUUCCAUCUGCAGAACUGAAGGCAUUUGCUGAAUCUCUUGUGUCUAAUCAGCUCCCCUUGCUGACCCUGCCCCCUCUGUCUUUCGGCCACAACACGAUGGUGAUUGAAAUGGCAGUUCACACUGCAGUUGUUUUGUUUUGUGGCCAGAAUCAAAUCCUUCAACCUCUAAGGAAUCUGGCAUUCUCACCUAAUACCAUGCUGAACGCUUUUCUGCCAACCAUGCCAGAAGACAUGUUGGCUCAAGCUAUGCAGUGGAAGUUAAAGGAAGUAGUUCAUUGGUAUACAUGUCCAAAUGGUCACCCCUGUGUUAUUGGAGAGUGUGGUCAACCUAUGCAUCGUAGUCAUUGUGUUGAUUGUGGUGUUCAAAUUGGAGGUGAAAACCACAGGCCACUGCUAAACUUCCAAAGAGCAAG